AUGGAAGAAGCUUUCAAAGUGAGGAAUUUGCUGCAAGAAUUUCUCAAGAAGCAUGGUGUGAGGAAUCCGACAAUACUGGGACUUAGAGAGCAUAUAUUCACUGGCAGUGUUUCUUCGCUUGCAUGGUUUAUGUCAAAUCAGGAGACGAGUUUUGUCACAAUUGGGCAACGAUUAUUAGCCAACCCGCUGAAGUAA